AUGAAUAUUCAAUCCUUGAGAAAACAAGUCUCAAAUAAGUCAGGUGCAAGGGCACGUGUAACACAAGCGAUGUUCUCGGAAUUCAAGGCUCGCCUGAUACCCAAUGGCCCUCAUGAAGAGUUUAGGUUACCUGAACUUGAAUCAUUGGCAAAAAUUGAAAAUGUGAGAUUAUCUUACGAUAUAAAGGAUUACAAGAGAGAUUGCCCUUUUUUGAUAGUGACCAUUGAAACCGAGGAGGAGGCGGAAAGACUUAUUAAACGUUCUAUCUUAACGAGAAACAUCUAUGAAUUGUGGGGAAUGGGAGAAAACUAUGAGCAGGUGCACGAACAGGUGAAAGAAAAACCAGGACGAUGGGCACGAUACGAACAUAAAUCCUUCAAAUUCACCGUUUCUGCCUUUGGAGCUACAUGUUCUUCAGAUCACCAAGUUCAUAUAAUCAAUUCUUUUUCAUACCUUGGAUUCAAAGGUGAUAUUAGUUUAAAAAAUCCGCAAGUGCAAUUUGGAGUUCUGGAGGACUAUGGGUUAGAUCCGUAUUUACCGGCACCACCGCCGAAUCCACACACGAUCUAUUUCGGUCGGUUGAUUGCGUCAGGGAAUAGAGACCUUAUCAAUAAGUAUAAUUUGAAAAAGAGGAGUUACAUUGGGAAUACUUCAAUGGACGCUGAAUUAUCGCUGGUUAUGGCCAAUCAAGCUUUGGCAACAGCAGGUAAAUUGAUAUAUGAUCCGUUCGUCGGUACCGGUAGUUUUCUUUUCACCUGCGCACACCAUGGAGCAUAUACCAUGGGAUCCGAUAUUGAUGGCCGACAGAUUCGCGGUCAAGCGAGUAAAUCCGUAAAAUCGAACGUCGAGCAAUACAACCUUCAUGGCAAAGUCCUUGACACAUUAGUCUUUGACAUAUGCCAUCAUCCAUGGCGAGAAAAUCUUUGGUUUGAUGCAAUUGUGACAGAUCCCCCCUACGGCGUUAGAGCCGGUGCGAAAACGCUAGGGAGGAAGGAUCCAUCGAAAAAACCACUAGUACCAAAGUUGAUUGAUGGUAUACCGGCACAUAAGCGCGAAGAUUAUUACCCUCCGACAAAACCAUAUGAAAUGUCAGAAGUGCUAGUAGACCUUUUGGAAUUUUCUGCGCGAUACUUGGUGAUAGGUGGUCGGCUGGUGUAUUGGCUACCAACUAUCGUAGACGAAUAUUCAAGUGCGGAUAUUCCUGAACAUCCAUGCAUGAAAUUAAUUUCUAACAGUGAACAAAAUUUUGGGCAAUGGAGUCGAAGAUUGGUGACAAUGGAAAAAUUUAAAGAAAAUUUGAAAGGAGAGCAUGCAACUGUCAAUGCUAAAAGUUUUGAUUAUUCAUUAUUGGCAUCUCAAAAGAAGGAUGAAAGUCGGGAAGGAGAAACUGAUUCCGAUAAACAAAACAAUGAUGAAAAAAAACCUGGGCAUUAUUUGUUCCGUGAAAAGUAUUUUUCAUUUAAAUCCGGUGAAAAAGCUAAAAGACAAGAAACAUGGAUAAGAUUUAAGAACAAAGAGAAAGGAGACGGAAAUCCUUCAGAUGUUCCAUCGUCAUCAACCAAUCAAUAG